UGGCAGCUGGAUGUCCUUCUCUGACCCAGGUUCAGAGUAGGUGACUCGAGUUGUGUGUGUCUGGGUUCUCAGUCAGCUGCUGUCACAGUGAAUGUGUAGUGGAGGAUUUGUCAUCUUCUUGCUUUCCUUCAAGAAGUAAUAGUGGGUCCAAAGACAUGGCUUUAUUGAUGGAGCAUCAAUUCAGACAGCUGCCAGCUGACAGACAGGUGGAAACGAGGCCAUUUCUGGAGUCUGUUUCAUACCUUCCACCAUUCUUUGAUUGCCUUGGCUCAACAAUUUUUGCCCCAAUGAAGGCCGACAUAUCUGGUAACAUUACAAAAAUCAAAGCAAUUUAUGAUACCAAUCCUGGACGGUUUAAGACACUCCAGAUGAUUUUGGAGGCAGAGAAGGAUAUGCAUGGAGGAGAAUGGCCCAAAGUUGGAGCAACAGUGGCACUCAUGUGGCUGAAAAGGGGUCUUAAAUUCAUUCAGGUUUUCCUUCAAAGCCUGGUGGAUGGUGAAAAGGAUGACAACAACCCAAACCUCAUUAGAGUCAACAUCACAAAAGCCUAUGAAAUUUCUCUUAGAAAGUAUCAUGGCUGGUUUGUGCAACAACUCUUCAAGGCUGCCCUUUUUGCUGCUCCUUAUAAGUCCGAUUUCCUGAAGGCUCUAUCCAAGGGUCGGGAUGUAAAGGAGGAGGAAUGCCUGGAGAAAAUAAAAAAAUUCCUCAUUAACUUCUCUGCCACAGUUGAUGCUAUUUAUGAUAUCUUUAACAAAAUGAAUGCUGAUCUUGAGUACAAGGUGUGA